AUGUCUAGACCUGCAUCCACGCAAUCUCAUAUAGCUGAAGCAUUGAGGGCUGAAGAGGCCAUAGCUACGGCGACCUCGCAGAAAGCGGCAUUGAACGCAGCUAUCAAUGCCGCCGAGCAUUACAUGAGGGCGCUGCGUCUGGCGUCUGCCGACGAGAAAACCCGGCUCGACACAAAAUGCAAGGAAUUGCUGACCAAGGCUGAAGGGAUCAAAGCUGCUACCGACUGGCAGACCGUGGCUCGUGCGGGGCCCCAGAAAGCCUUGCUUAGCUUACGGCCGCCUCUAUCCACGCGGAAGCUCACCACCCGCGAAGAAAUCAUUAUCCUCGAGGGCGCCAAACUCAAUGGUUAUAUCUUUCCGCCAUGGAGUCGUGCACCACUUUUAGAUGAAUUUACCUAUAAGGGCCAGACUUUUACAGAUGCGCCUGAUCUGCACCUCUCUGAAUGCCAGAGGGAUAUCUUUGCAGGCUGGAAACGGCCUCAUGAUCUAUUACAGACAAGGAACGCGGCCAACCGGGCACAUAAUCCAGUUGACCCAGUCAUGAUGGUUUCGGGACGAACGGAUCUCGUGCAAGAUGUCCUGACGGAUUGUUCAGUGGUGGCAAGUCUCUGCGCCACAACUUCUCGAUCCGAACGAGGUCUGGGGGAGCAUGCAUCGCCGACACUGUAUCCAUGCGACGGACAAAAGAACCCGAUAAUUUCGCAUUCUGGGAAGUACAUAUUCCGCUUCUACUUUAACGGAUCUUUCCGGAAGGUAGUGAUAGACGAUCGAUUGCCAUCGUCAAAGACAUCUCGUUCAUUGCAUGUCAUUGAUCGCAACAACUUCAAUUUUCUGUGGCCUGCUCUUGUGGAGAAAGCCUACUUGAAGGUCCGGGGAGGGUAUGAUUUUCCAGGAAGUAACUCGGGAACAGACCUUUGGGUGCUGACCGGUUGGAUUCCGGAACAAGUCUUCUUACAUCACGGCGAUUCCACCUCCGAUGAGAUAUGGAGACGUCUAUAUAAUGCUUUCUACCAUGGCGAUGUGGUCUUGACGAUCGGCACUGGGAAGCUGACCGAAUGUGAAGAACAAGGCCUGGGGCUAGUGGGCGAGCACGAUUAUGCCAUCUUGGAUUUGAAAGAGGUUCAGGGUCGUCGGCGGUUUCUUUUAAAGAACCCAUGGGCUGGCGCAGAGCCCCAUAUACAAAGCAACCUUGCGGCUGAUCUGGACUCACUCACACUCAAUGGUAAAUCUCCUCUUUCUCCAGGCACCUUCUGGAUGGACUGCGAACAAGUUUUCCAAAACUUUGAGAAUCUUUACCUCAAUUGGAAUCCUGGUUUGUUUAAAUACCGCGAGGAUAUUCAUUUCACCUGGGAUUUAUCGUAUGGACGAGUCAUCGCCGGUUGCUUCGUGAAAAACCCGCAAUUCUCCAUCUCUAGUGAUUCUGGAGGAACAGUCUGGUUGCUGCUCGGCAAGCAUUUCAAGACAGACCAACAACCCGGUUUUGAUGAAUUGGAAAAUGAACUAGGUUUCAUCAGCAUCUACAUUUUCCAAGCAGAUGGCCGAAGGGUAUCGCUCAGUGAUGGUGCGCUCCAUCGUGGACCAUAUGUAGACUCUCCCAACACGCUCAUGAGGCUGGAAAUGCCUCCCAAGUCGAUCUAUACUGCAGUGAUCUCGGAGCAGUCACUCCCAUCAGCCAGCCAGAACUUUACUCUGUCGGCAUUCUCAACCUCUCCUGUGGUCGUGGCACCCUCACUGGACAAAUACCUUUGCUUGACCAAGGCAAGUAAUUCCUGGACAGCAAUGACAGCAGGCGGAAACGCCGAGUCACCUCGAUACCACUCCAAUCCACAAUUCAGUCUGCGAAUUUCCGAACCCACAGAUGUCUCCAUACUACUCGAGGCUACUGAAGCAGAGCUAGCAGCUCAUGUGAAAAUCUUCUGGUCCAAUGGACAGCGCAUAUCGCGCGUACGAAGCCGAGACAUCAUUGCAGACAGCGGCGAUUAUCGCCGAGGGUGUGCCCUGGCCGAGACAAGAUCCCUAGACAAAGGUACUUACACCAUUGUCUGCUCCACUUUUGCACCUGAUCAGCUCGGUCAGUUUACGUUGUGGAUCUCAUCUACGAUCCCGUGUACUGUCCAGCCCUUGGCUUCCGAGUCUGCUGGGCGACGCACCAUCUUGUCGGACGUGGGUGUGCUGUCCCCGGGCAAGGAUCGGAUGCUAGCUUCGCUGCAGGUAUCUCGUCUGACGCGGAUCCGACUUAUUGUGAGAAACAAGCGGUCCACCAUCGGCUCUCGCGCUGUUGCCCCGUCUCCUGUGCUUAUGACUGUGGAACUGGGCCAAGGUCCAUACAAAGAGAUAUUAGCCACAUCGGAAGAUGGGACUCACAGCGAUGCUGCAUCGGGUGUAAGGGUGGAAGAUUUUGAUUUGCUUCCCGGUGCGAUGUCACGCGGUGUCUGGAUUGUUAUUGAGCGCAUCGGAGGUCCAGGAGGGCAGGCGGAGGAUCAUUUCCAAGUGGAGGCAUUGGCCGAGGAGAAAGUGGAUAUUGGACAGUGGGCAAUUGAAGAUGAAUGA